AUGUCGUUUCCUCAGACGACGCCGUUGCGGCCAGUGCCUGGCGCGUUUUUGAACACGCCGGCUGUGGCUUCGCGAUUUCAGUCUGGUCCCGACCCGGUGCGGCGACAGCUAUUUCCAGCUUCUUCGAACAACCAGCCUGGUAGUCAGCCUGGCGGGAACUUGGCCUCUGGCAGCUCAGGUUCGGCGGCGACACAUGGCGGUGGUUUGGCUCCGGGUGGCACAUCAACAGCCUUGACGGCGGUGAAUGCUGGUGAUGCUGGCUUGGUUGCUGCCAAUCCCCUGCCAACUUUGCGGGUUGAAAAUGUGCCCCCGGUUGUAAAAGCCGCCAAGGCAAUCAAUUCCUUUUUGCAGAUGGACGAGAGCUUCCCGGACCUAGACUCAUAUUGCAGACAGGGCGCUUCUUCCGAUUACGAGCUUCCAGGACCCGACUCAUCUUGGGCUCCUUUCCACAAGACUCAAAUGUAUCCGAUUCCGAACCAAGUGUUCGAUCACUACAAUGCGGGAGAGCUUCAGACGCUCAUGGGGUUGUUCGCCGAGAUUAACCACGCCUGGGUUGUUAUUGACAACUCGCUAUAUCUAUGGGACUACACUCACCCCGAUCCUGAGCUGAUUGGAUUUGAAGAACAACCACACACGAUCCACGCGGUUGCCUUAGUUCCACCGAAACCGGGCAUUUUCGUCAAGACAAUUACGCACAUUCUUGUCGUAGCUACAUCAUCCGAGAUGAUCUUGCUUGGUCUAUCAGCUACAGAUACACCAGCUGGAACCAAGUCGGUCGCGUUGUAUCAGACGAAGAUGAACUUGCCUUUGCGUGGCAACGACGUCCGGGUCAUUUCUGGGUCAGCUGAUGGCCGUAUUUUCUUUGGCGGUAGCAGCGACAUUGAUAUCAACGAGUUGUACUACCAAUCCGAAGAGAAAUGGUUCUCAAACCGAUGCGGCAGAAUCAAUCACACGAAUCCCGGAUGGACAUCGGUAGUCGCUUUACAGUCAACCUUUUGGUCCCACAAGGAGCCCGAACAUUUGGUGGACAUUGUCAUCGACGAUUCGAGAAAGCUUGUUUAUACGCUGUCGAGCAAGUCUACGAUCCGAACAUACCACAUGGAUGGCCCUGACCACUUGAACAAAGUUAUUGAGAAGGAAAAGAUUCACUGUCUGCGGGACAUUGCUCACAUGAUUACGCAGUCAAAGUUGCUCACCGACAAGUUGAGAAUAGUCUCCAUAAGCCCGAUUUCGAAGCAAGAAGCCUCCAAGCUUCAUCUCAUGGCUCUCACCGAUUCCGGCUGCAGGUUGUUUUUCAGCGCAACAAACGCGUCAUCAUAUCUCUAUGGAUCCCAAUCCAAUCUGGCACCUCAGAGCAUGCAAGUGCAAUUCAUCAAAUUCCCACCAAGCCAGAACCCAAGACGUUCUGGACAAUUUGCCCAAGCUGGUCAACCUGGAGAGUCUGUGGUCGAUCUGGAAUCCACCAUGCUCGUGGCCAGCAGACAAGGUAUUCGGUUCCCUCCUGGCUUUUUCUUGGAUUUUGUGAGCAGCGGAAACAACGCCAAUACCGACAUGUUGUUUGUCUCUGGACCCGAGACCGGACGAAUAAAGCGAGUUUCGCCCACGACACCUUUGCGGUAUUUUGAACAGGCAAGCUGGAUUGAUAUCGGCAGCAGGGCGGAAGCUGUUGGACUUAUUACGAAGCCAUUCGCUGCUGCGGCACAGCCCUUGGGAUUUGGUAAUGAGCUUGCCGUGCAAUUCGAUGAACCCCCAAGCGAGUUCGCCGUUCUCACAAAUACUGGAAUCCACGUUAUUCGCCGACGACGACUUGUGGACACCUUCGCUGCCGCUAUCCGUGAUGCUUCUGGCGAUGAAGUUUUGGACACAAUCACGCGACGACUAAUUCAGUUGUAUGGCCGAGUGGAGACUGUGUCAGCGGCUCUUGCUAUUGCCUGUGGCCAUGGAGGAGAUGCACGGCCAGGGGUUGCUCGGGCUAUCGACCAGGCGACAGAAGACAGAGCUCGCGCUCUGUUUGUUGACUUUGGUGGCCAGCCUACGAUGGCUGAAACUGAUGGCACAGCUCUAACUACUGAAUCCGUCAAGCUCUCUUCUCGCCAUGAUGCCCUUGCUUUGUACUUAUCUCGACUUAUUCGCAAGUUAUGGAAGGCUCCAGUCAUCAAAACCGGCGUCUCACCUACGGGCGGUAUCACCAUCGACUCGGCCGUCCCGCUGUCCAAGCUAAGCACCACACAGGAGAAUUUGGAGAGGCUGAGGAGGUUCAUUGAGGCGAACCGUGGUCUCAUUCAGGGAAUGUCGGGGCCCUCGGAUCUUCAAAGAGUAUCAACAAGACAAGAAGAAGUUGCGUUGCAAGCAGAACACCAGGCUUUGCACGCGCUUCAAAAAAUUAUGGAGAGUAUUUCAGAAGGCAUCUCUUUUGUUCUGAUGCUCUUCGAUGAGCGGGUCACCGAUAUCUUUACAAGACUUGACGAUGUUUCACGUCAACAACUAAAAGAGCUCAGCUACGAGAAGUUGUUUUCGCAAGCUGAUGGAAAGGACCUUGCCAAGCUUCUGGUCAAGGCCAUUGUCAACAGAAACAUCGAAAGUGGCUCCAACGUCGAGACGGUGGCCGAUGCUCUGAGAAGACGGUGCGGCAGCUUCUGUAGUCCAGAUGAUGUCGUCAUUUUCAAGGCGCAGGAGCAACUCAAACGAGCUUCAGAGCAACCUCCCAACACCAACCAAUUCAGAAGCCUUCUACACGAAAGUCUGAAGCUUUUCGAAAAGGUCGCUGGAAGUCUCACGUUUGCCAAUCUGCAAGCUGCUGUUACACAGUAUGUUGAUAUGAAAUACUAUGCCGGAGCGAUUCAACUCUGCCUUGUUGUUGCUCGAGAAAAAGACCGCGGCAACACAGCUCUCGUAUGGGUCAAUGAUGGCAAGCCAGCUGGUGACCCCCGAGCAAACGCUUUCAACGACAGAAAGCGAUGCUAUGAUAUGAUUCACGAUGUUCUUCGCCAUUUGGACGCCGCGUCCAGCACAGAGCCGGAAAUGGUUGACGGCAAGCUGACUCUCAUUGCCACCAAGAGGCUCGAGGCUUAUGACGUGGUGAACGGAUCGGAUGAUGAAGUGUUCCACUUUGAUUUAUACGAAUGGUACAUUCAACAAGGCUGGACAGAUAGGAUAUUGGCUAUUGAGUCUCCUCAUGUUAUCACCUUCUUAGAGCGCCUGGCCGGUACCAAUGUUGAGCACGCCGAUCUGUUAUGUCGCUUCUACACCAACCGAAGCCGUUUCUUUGAUGCUGCAGAAGUUCAAGCGCAGCUGGCAAACUCUGAUUUUCCCAUCGGCAUUAAAGACCGUGUCAGGCUGCUUUCUCUUGCCAAGGCCAACGCCAAUGUUGCCACUGUGGGCGUUAGCCGACAGCAGCAACAACAGCUUAACCACGAAGUCACCGACCUGCUGGAUGUCGCCAAUAUCCAAGACGAUAUAUUGCAGCGACUGAAAUCGGAUGACCGAAUAGACCCUGAGCGGAAGGCCGAGAUAGAGCUCGCCCUCGAUGGGAAGAUUCAAGGUCUUUCAGAGCUGUUCAAUGACUAUGCGGAUCAAGCAGGGUACUACGAUUUAUGCUUGUUAAUCUACCACACAGCCAACUAUCGCAACCCCACCACAAUUUCUGGAACAUGGAGCAACCUGAUUCAACAAACUCACGAUGAAGUGAUGGCCAGAUUGGAGAAUCCUGAACCCGGCAUGCCCACACCACCGUUCCCAUACGAGGCAGUCACUAGCAAGAUCCAAAAUAUUGCUCAUCACACUUCCCUGGACAGUUUUGUGUUCCCCAUUCAGACACUUUUACCAGAGCUGUGUCGCUAUGCAGUUGCGUACCAACAAGACCUCAUGAUUGGCGCAGACCCAACGUGGCCAGUUCAGCUUUUCCUCACCCUCGGUGUGUCCCACGACAUGAUUGUACGAGUCCUCGAGAACAUCUUCGAUACCCAAGACUACGGCUUCAGCGGCAUGGUGCGUAACCGCAUUAUCGAGAUCAUCGCUUACGUUGUCAACGACUGGGUGGCAGAGGUCCGUAGACGAGGCGGCGCCGGCAAGGGAGGAUCUAUUGGACCUUCUGUUGGCGAUCUCCUCGCGCGAUGUGAAACUGCUCUCCCAGCGCCUGGUCAGGGCAACAAUCACGGAGGAGCGGAUCUAGCAGAGAUCAGACGAGUAUUGAGGUCACUGAGAAGAGAAGUUUCAGGAUUGAUUGAGAGAGUUCCCACGGGGAGUUUGAGGUUCAUGUGA